UGUUCGGUUAUGUAAAAAUUCGCAACUGUUCAAAUACAACUAAUUCUACUAAAAUUAUUACGUGUUUUCGUAAGAUCGUUAUGAUACAUUGAUUUCGAGAGAAGAAUUCGUGUCUCCAACAAAGAUACAAUUACCUGGUUAAAAGAAUAAAACCGCGGAUAUGUAUUAGUUAAUUUGAACAAUGAUUACACGUCGGUGUAAAUAAAGUAUUCGCGGUAUAAAAAGGAACCGGCAAGAAAAUUGCAUCGCAUAAUAGGCGAUUGCGUUGAACUUAAUUGAUGCAGCAUAAUUGUGAAGAAAAUGAAAUUGAUAACUCUGACGACUGUUACUAUAUUUCUACUUUGUCUGGCAUCCGUUCCAAAUGGCGUACUCGCUUCCACUACAGAAGCAGUAACAUUGUGCACUUCCACACCCGCUCCGAUCACGGAAAAUUCAAUAGAGUGCGGCAAGAACGAGGAACCCACAGACUGUGUUUCUUGUAACCCAACGUGCAAGGAGCUUUCUCCAGGAAUUUGCCACGGACCGAAAUGCAAGCCAGGUUGCAAAUGUAAAACGGGAUACUUCAAAGACAGUGAAGGAAAUUGUGUAUCUGUACUUGGUUGCAUCAUGGAUAACAUACAAAUUGAACUUUCUCAAUGGGAAUUAUCGACGGUAACCGCUCAGGAAUAAAAUUUCAACGCGUCUUUGGUCUCUUCUCAACGAUUCGCACGUUUUGUAACAGAUUACAGAAAAUAUCUUCAAAAUAAAAAAAUUAAGUUUGAAUUCAGAGAAA